CAUCUUCUUCAGUUCGCUCGUGUGUGAGGAUUCAACCGGUGGCUCCGCGCGCAUCACACACGGGAUUCUUACAUCGUCCCAAUUUAACCGCAUAGAGUGGAGCGUGAGAGGCUACAAAAAAGAAGACUUUUACAAGAACAUUUGACGGCUUUUGUCGCUGAGAGCGGGAUGCUGUCCGUGAGGUGAUGUUUUCUCUGUGAGGGGAUUGCGCUGUCAGAAGGAUGCUGGUGGGAAAUGCCUGUCGACAGAGAGGACCAGAUUUGUCAGAAAGCGCUCGAGCUCUUGUCCGAUCUUUGCUCUAAGGGGGAGGUGCAAAACGAAAACUGUUUGGAUUUCAUUUAUUAUUUCCGUGAUCUUGCCAGGCCGAGGUAUUCGGACUCAGAAAUAUCAGUGAGCCUGCUGUCUUUGGUGGUGACUGCCUGUGGUUUGGCCCUUUUUGGCGUCUCUCUCUUUGUUUCUUGGAAAUUGUGCUGGAUUCCAUGGCGAGAGCGAGCCCCUUCAACCAGCACCAAGGAGGGACAUCCACAGGCUCCUCACCACCGUCCUCCACCCCUUCAGCCCCAGUCCAUCUAUACAGAGGUGGAUGCCACCCUCGACCGCCGGAAUAAUGCCCGUGGUUCAGUGGUCAAAGAGACCAUGGUGCUGCCCACUCCAGUCUCUCCAGCGGCCCCGGGAUCUCCUCCUGCUGUCCCGGUGCCUGAGGCAUCCCUAAAGAUAAGCCACACUUCACCUGAUAUUCCUUUGGAGGUGGAGGUGGAGACCAAGACUCAGGAGAAUGGUGUCAAUGGCAGCACACGCACGCAGAGGCAAAUCACAGAUCCUUCCUCAACCUGUGUCAGCAGGCAAAGUUCAAUUCGGCGUCAGAUGAAUCAAUCAAACCCUGACUUCACAGUAAGUCAGUUUCAGAGGCAGGACUCUUUGACUGGUAUGAGCCUCGGCCAGCUAAAACCAGAGCUCUACAAACAACGAUCCCUGGAUGGCGAUGAUAACCGAAGCAGUCACGUGGGAAGCUGUGGACGUCUCCACUUCAUCCUCAAAUAUGACUGUGACCUGGAGCAGCUGAUCGUCAAGAUCCACCGAGCCCAAGACUUGCCCGCCAAGGACUUCUCUGGGACCUCUGACCCAUAUGUGAAAAUCUAUCUUCUACCAGACCGCAAAACCAAGCAUCAAACCAAGGUGCACCGUAAGACUUUAAACCCUGUGUUUGAUGAGGUCUUCCUCUUCCCUGUGGAGUAUGCCGAUCUGCCUACAAGAAAGCUGCACUUCAGUGUCUACGAUUUUGAUCGUUUUUCACGGCAUGAUAUCAUCGGCCAGGUGGUGGUUGACAACUUUCUGGACCUAGUAGACUUUCCCAGGGAGACCAAACUCUCCAGGGAUAUUCAGUAUGUGUCUUCGGAUAAUGUUGAUCUGGGCGAUUUGAUGUUUUCUCUUUGCUUCCUGCCUACUGCUGGACGUCUCACCAUCACCAUGAUCAAAGCAAGAAAUCUGAAGGCAAUGGACAUCACUGGAGCUUCAGAUCCGUAUGUGAAGGUUUCUUUGAUGUGUGAUGGUCGCAGACUGAAAAAGCGGAAAACCUCCACUAAAAGAAACACAUUGAACCCAGUGUACAAUGAGGCUAUAGUGUUUGAUGUCCCUCCAGAGAACAUCAACCAAAUCAGCCUUCUAGUAGCUGUUAUGGACUAUGACCGUGUAGGUCACAAUGAGGUCAUAGGUGUGUGUCGAGUAGGUAAUGAUGCUGAGGGUUUGGGCAGAGAACACUGGAAUGAGAUGCUUACCUACCCACGCAAACCCAUCGCACACUGGCACCCUCUGGUAGAGUAUCACAGCACCGGAGGUGGAAGCCAGGGGGGCUCCUGUAAUUCCCUGAAGGGCCCACCAUCUCCAUAGCCUGAGGAAGUCCAUGGUCUCAUCUUCAGACCUACUACAGGAUUCAUACACAAGAUGUUUUGCUCUGGGAUCCAGAGGCCCAGUAACAGAAACCUCCAGAUGGCUGGUUCUCACAACGAAGAAAGUGCCGUGCUGUUUUCAACCCGUGCACCUGGAGGCCCUUCCACUGCAUGGGGACAAUGAAUGUUUCAGAUGCAUGUUGAGUGAUCACAUACUGUAUGGUUAUUUUGUGCUACUCAUGGUGAAAUGGAAAAGAAUUUAGUGGAAAAAGUGCAGAGUAUUUUAUGUUGUUCUCCAAGUUUCGAUCCAAACUAAGUGUUUUCUAAAUCAGUCCUGGUAUAUGUUUUUGAAGGGAGUGUCAAUGUUUCACUCAACGCUCUCAAGGUCAGAAUGUGAAUUUCCCUUUUUGUAUUUAUUUACCCGCUCUCCCCAUCACAGCGCAUGGAUGUGUUUUGGUGUGGUACAGUUCAAGAUGUUCUCUGUUUCUGUUUGAAAUGCUCUGUGGAUUUGUCAAAAAGUCUUGGUGGUGAAUUGUUUACAGACAUUGCGAUUAGUAAAAUGUUAUUUCUCAUGUUAUUAA